AUGGCAACCAAUCCUGGAUCUCGCAUCACGACAUCAUCGAUGUCGUCGUUGGGACCUCGCCGCCACCGAUUGGACUGGCCCAAAAAGAAGCACCAAAUCGAGUCCAACAUCGGCGAUUGCAAUCGACGAUGCUCAAAGCAGCAGAAGGAAGAGUCCAAAGCCAUCAGUACUGCGCGCACGCCGAUUCAAACCCAAACCUCAGAUCCCCAAAGAUAUCCAAUUUUGCCCGUCUCCACUGAAAACCGCAUACUUCGUGCUCGCGCAACCACCACGGCAUACGGCGCGGAAAACAACGCAACGCAAGCUACUCAACGCAAGCUGCAAGUAGCCAAAUGGAAAAAAAAAACUUCGAUCUGUGUCUUGUAUCAAGGUCCCCGGCAUUAUGUGCCGAAGUUGAUGAUGACGACGACGACGAUAGCUGAUACUACUGAUGCUGCUGCUGCUGCUGCUGCUGCUGCUGCUAAUGAAGCAACGAUAUUGGGAAAAAGUUCCAACGUGAGACUAGGUGUAGAGUGA